AGUAGGUCUCAGCCUCAUUUUACCCGGCUCCUAUUCAAGAUGGAGUUUCUCUGGUUUAAAUGCCUCUGACAAAACCGUUGUAGUCAGGGACUGUGUGUAUAGUCAUUAUCUGAACUGAGGAUGCAGUAGUAGAAACAAACUCAAGUAUUCUGAGGAACUUAGCAUAGAUAAUAAGAAGUUAAUUACUAACGAAGAAGACUGUUAAAAUUAAGGUGGAGUUUUAGAUGUCUAAUGUGAAAAUUUAACAAGUUUUUCGAAAAGGAGACUGUUUACCCAUGAAAGCUAAUUGUUAAUUCUAUAUAUGCAUUGACCCACUCAAGGCUAUAGACACCUCUCUAUAAUUGUGGGAUUAUGCAUGUGGUAAAAACAAUUUUAUGUCUGGGUUUAAAAUCAUGUGGUUUUGGAGUGUUGGUUUUAGGACCUGUAAACCUUUUUAUAUAAGAUGAUGUUUUUGACAUUUCAGGCUCAGUUCAUUUGAGUUGAUGGGAGUCCAUUGUCAGAAUAUAUAGAGUAGUAAGAAGAACAUGAAUUGAUCUUGGUCCCCGUGACCUGGGCCUCAAGGCUACAACAUUGGUUUUAGUAGUUUGAGAUUAGUCCUGUUUAUGCCACAGUAACUGUAAAAGCAGUUCUGAACUCCAGGGCAAUGAUCUUUCAACAUUUAUUUUAGGUUCGGAGAUACAUGUGCAGGUUUGUUCUGUGACAUGAUCUUUCAAUUUUUGAGAUCAUAUGUUCCAUCAGAAAAAAAGUGAGCGUAAUUGAUACACAUUUAUAAAGUUACAUAUAUGUAUUACUAUAAUAUUGAACAUAAGCAGAAUAAAGUUUUAAAAUAGGGGAUUAAAAAAAGUAAGUCUAAUUUCUGGAAUUUUCCUCCACACCCCAGUAGGUUGUUUGGGUACUCCCCUGAAAUGUGCAUACCUUUUUUGAACCCCCUGCCCUGGUCCUUUGCCAGUAUGGUGACUCAGCUGUUUUGGUUGCUUGGGUGGUGUUAACUAGCUGCAUGAUCUUGAGCAGAUACCUUUAUUUAACAGAUUUGUAAAAUGAGGGUAAUUAUACAUAUCUCAUAGGAUUGCUUUGGAGAUUAAAUGUAACGUGAUCUCUAAAAUUGUUAGCACGGUGUAUGAAAAGUUAGCUGUUUUUCCCCAUUGAUGAGUUUCUCUUUAUUUUCCUCUGUUUCACUACUUCUGUUCAUUCAUAUAACUACUUCUUUUUCUUCUGCGUCAGGACUUUGCUUAGAGCCUUCUGUCUGUUUGUUUCUGUUGGUUUCCUUUCUAAGUCUCAUGUACAGACAGGGAAUCUGGGCUAAUUGGUUAUAACCAUAAGACCCAUUUUGCCUGGAACAAUCCUGGUUUCAACCUGUGGUCCCAAUACGACUAUGGUGAUUCUUUUACCUUCUCAAGGUGCCCUGAAUUGAAAAUAAAGCACAAGAUGAACUUCUUAAUAAGUCACCAUCAAGUAUAGAUGACCCAUAUGGGGGCGGAUGUCUUGUAUGAAGGAUGCCUCCUUGGCACUGCACCUCUUAGAGAUGGCUCUCUGGCUAUCUUCAUAUGAUGUGUUAACCAGAAGAGGAGGGUCCCAUCUAUCAGGACAUGAUGGGAUGGCAUGGUGAGUGUGGCAUGACCUCAGGGAGAUAUCUAGUACAAGAGGUCACUCUUAAUCCACAGAACAAUAGAUUACUUUAGGAGAUGGCUGGACAGUUGGAGUCUAUAACCAUGGUGACUGUCUACUCAGAUUGCAAAAAUGAAAAUCAAGAAUUUAUUGGGUUUUGAACUUGAAAAUCUGAACCUGCAACCUGAAGCUCAACAUCAAGGUGGACAUUUUCUAAGCUGAGAAAAUGUUCUUUUGAUUUGGAAUAAAAUGUGCUACUCUUAUGUAAGGUUACACUUACUCAUAGCAGGAGUUACAAAUAGGUCUCUGCACCAGGUGCUCUGGAAAGAACAGAAUAGUUUCUUGUUCUCCUAAUGUUUACUAAAAAACUUGUUGUUACUUGUCUUGUGGGUUUUUCAAUUCUGGCUUCGUGUUUUAACUCUACUGGACACUGAGCAGAUAAGAAUUAGCAAUUGUGAAGUUUAUUUUAACAGUGUCAGGAAAAAAACAUACGUGAUUACUGAAUAAUGCACAUUUUCUUCACUUUCAAAUAAUUUCUAUAACUGUGUUCUUGAGGCAUAAUAUUUAAAAUUGAUACUUAGGAAGUCAUAGAUAGGAGACACAUUCCAUAAUCAAGUAAAUGGAAGAUUAAGAUGUUUUGGUUUUUAAUUCUAUUUCAUGACCUUUAUUGGAGUUGAUAACAUGAGAAAGUAAUGGGUAAGUUAACUUUUAUGUUUCCUGAGAUCUGUAGACUCAGAUUUCUAAAACAAACAUAAUCCUGUGAUCAUCAAUCUGAAAUUUUACAGCCCUGACCCAAUACUUGAAAACAAUGGUUUAAUUUCCUGUCUUAAAUGUGGUGAGUGUAUCGGACCAUAUCAAUAUUUCAUUGUUUCUUCAGGAGAAAAAAAAUAACGAUUGAAACCCUACGAUUACUAGAGUUAAAAAAUCAGUUAUGACUUAAAAAAUGGCUGCAGUGCAGACUUUUCCACUAAUACUUGACAUUUUUCAUUAUGGAAUAAGCAGUAACUUCUCAGAAAAGCCUGAGUAGUAUGUCUGAGGGGUUGUUGCUUUGGAUCAGGGUUCAUUUUUAAUUUCCUGACUUGGACAUUUAAAAGUCAAUCCUAACUAAUCAUAAUCAUGAGUUCAAUUUCUUCCUCGAGGUUCCAUCUUGGACUUUCAAAUUGCAGAGAAGAGAUAAUAACCCAUAAAUGAUUAAUAGGGAAUCAAGCCAAUACCUUUGAAGAAAGGCUGCAGACUGCCUUUUCAAGGUGUGCCCUAUGAACCGAUAUUCUGCCCAGAAGCAGUAUUGGAAAGCCAAGCAAGCUAAACAAGGGAACCACACUGAGGCCGCCUUGCUGAAGAAACUGCAGCACGCUGCAGAACUGGAACAAAAACAAAAUGAAUCAGAGAAUAAGAAACUGUUGGGAGAAAUUGUGAAAUAUAGUAAUGUUAUACAACUACUGCAUAUAAAAAGCAACAAAUAUCUUACUGUCAACAAGAGACUACCUGCUUUACUGGAGAAGAAUGCCAUGCGUGUGUCCUUGGAUGCUGCAGGAAAUGAAGGGUCUUGGUUUUAUAUUCAUCCCUUCUGGAAACUGAGAAGCGAGGGUGACAAUAUUGUUGUAGGAGAUAAAGUUGUUUUGAUGCCUGUGAAUGCAGGGCAGCCACUGCAUGCCAGCAACAUAGAGCUUCUUGAUAACCCAGGGUGUAAAGAGGUGAAUGCUGUUAAUUGCAACACUAGCUGGAAAAUCACUUUAUUCAUGAAAUAUAGUUCCUAUCGAGAGGACGUAUUAAAAGGAGGUGAUGUUGUUAGAUUGUUUCAUGCGGAGCAAGAGAAGUUUUUGACUUGUGAUGAAUAUGAGAAAAAGCAGCACAUUUUCCUUCGUACAACCUUGCGCCAAUCAGCUACUUCUGCUACUAGUUCUAAAGCACUCUGGGAAAUAGAGGUGGUUCAUCAUGACCCAUGCCGUGGGGGUGCAGGACAGUGGAACAGCUUGUUCAGAUUUAAACAUCUUGCAACUGGAAACUAUUUAGCUGCAGAGCUUAAUCCUGAUUACCGAGAUGCCCAAAAUGAAGGAAAGACUGUGAGAGACGGAGACCUUCCAACUUCAAAGAAAAAACGCCAGGCAGGGGAGAAGAUUAUGUAUACUUUGGUUUCAGUCCCACAUGGCAAUGACAUUGCAUCCCUUUUUGAACUUGAUGCCACAACUCUUCAGAGAGCUGACUGCCUGGUUCCAAGGAACUCAUAUGUUCGGUUAAGGCAUUUAUGCACCAACACAUGGGUAACCAGUACUAGUAUCCCCAUAGACACAGAUGAAGAGAGGCCUGUUAUGUUAAAGAUUGGGACCUGCCAAACCAAAGAAGAUAAAGAAGCAUUUGCUAUCGUGUCUGUUCCACUGUCUGAAGUUCGGGACUUAGACUUUGCCAAUGAUGCCAACAAAGUACUAGCGACCACAGUUAAAAAGCUAGAAAACGGCACGAUAACUCAGAAUGAAAGGAGGUUUGUAACCAAAUUAUUGGAAGACCUCAUCUUCUUUGUUGCUAAUGUGCCUAAUAAUGGACAAGAAGUUCUGGAUGUGGUUAUCACUAAGCCAAACCGAGAGCGUCAAAAAUUGAUGAGGGAACAAAACAUACUGGCACAGGUAUUUGGAAUUCUUAAAGCACCCUUUAAGGAGAAAGCGGGAGAAGGCUCAAUGCUGAGACUUGAAGAUCUGGGGGAUCAAAGAUAUGCACCCUACAAGUACAUGCUUCGGCUCUGCUACCGCAUCCUGAGACAUUCUCAGCAGGACUACCGGAAAAAUCAGGAAUAUAUUGCUAAGAAUUUCUGUGUCAUGCAGUCCCAGAUUGGCUACGAUAUUUUGGCAGAAGAUACUAUCACAGCUUUAUUGCACAACAACAGAAAACUACUAGAGAAACAUAUCACAGCAAAAGAAAUAGAAACAUUUGUCAGUUUACUCAGGAGAAAUCGGGAGCCAAGAUUUUUGGAUUAUUUGUCAGAUCUGUGUGUGUCUAAUACCACUGCUAUCCCUGUAACUCAAGAACUCAUCUGUAAAUUUAUGUUGAGUCCAGGCAAUGCAGACAUUCUCAUUCAAACUAAGGUGGUCUCAAUGCAAGCAGACAACCCCAUGGAGAGCUCCAUCCUUUCAGAUGACAUUGAUGAUGAAGAAGUUUGGCUCUAUUGGAUUGAUAGCAACAAGGAACCUCAUGGCAAAGCUAUUAGGCACCUUGCUCAAGAGGCAAAAGAAGGCACCAAAGCUGACUUAGAAGUUCUUACCUAUUACAGGUACCAGCUAAACCUCUUUGCAAGGAUGUGCUUGGAUCGCCAGUAUCUGGCCAUAAACCAGAUUUCUACACAGCUCUCUGUAGACCUGAUCCUGCGGUGUGUGUCGGAUGAGAGCCUGCCAUUCGACCUCCGAGCGUCCUUCUGUCGCCUCAUGCUCCACAUGCACGUUGACCGGGAUCCCCAGGAGUCCGUGGUACCUGUUCGCUAUGCCAGGCUCUGGACAGAAAUCCCCACAAAGAUCACAAUUCAUGAAUACGAUUCUAUAACAGACUCUUCCAGAAAUGAUAUGAAGAGGAAAUUUGCCCUGACAAUGGAAUUUGUUGAAGAAUAUUUGAAAGAAGUUGUAAACCAGCCCUUUCCUUUUGGGGAUAAAGAAAAAAAUAAAUUAACAUUUGAGGUGGUCCACUUGGCUCGGAAUCUUAUAUACUUUGGAUUUUAUAGUUUCAGUGAGUUAUUAAGGCUAACAAGAACACUUCUGGCUAUUUUAGACAUUGUACAGGCUCCCAUGUCAUCAUACUUUGAAAGAUUAAGCAAAUUUCAAGAUGGAGGAAACAAUGUCAUGAGAACCAUUCAUGGGGUGGGAGAGAUGAUGACCCAGAUGGUACUCAGUAGAGGCUCAAUCUUCCCCAUGAGCAUGCCAGAUGUGCCACCCAGCAUCCACCCGAGCAAACAAGGGAGCCCUGCUGAGAAUGAGGAUGUGACUGUGAUGGACACCAAGCUGAAGAUCAUUGAGAUUUUACAGUUCAUACUGAGUGUCAGACUGGAUUAUAGGAUCUCAUAUAUGCUGUCAAUAUAUAAGAAGGAGUUUGGAGAGGACAGCGACAAUGCGGAGACAUCUGCCAAUGGAUCCCCAGAUACUUUACUACCAUCAGCUAUUGUUCCUGAUAUAGACGAAAUUGCAGCUCAGGCAGAAACUAUGUUUGCGGGAAGAAAGGAAAAAAACCCAGUUCAACUUGAUGAUGAAGGAGGCAGGACAUUUUUACGGGUUCUCAUUCAUCUGAUCAUGCACGACUACCCGCCUUUGCUGUCUGGAGCCCUGCAGCUAUUGUUCAAGCACUUCAGCCAGAGGGCGGAGGUUUUACAGGCAUUUAAACAGGUGCAAUUACUGGUGUCUAAUCAAGACGUAGAUAACUACAAGCAAAUCAAAGCAGAUCUAGACCAGCUUCGACUGACAGUAGAAAAGUCUGAGCUAUGGGUUGAGAAGAGCAGUAGCUAUGAGAAUGGAGAAAUUGGGGAAAGUCAAGUGAAAGGUGGUGAAGAGCCAAUUGAGGAAUCGAACAUUUUAAGUCCAGUGCAGGAUGGAACCAAGAAACCUCAGAUUGACAGCAAUAAGAGCAAUAACUACCGGAUUGUAAAGGAGAUCUUGAUUAGGCUAAGUAAACUCUGUGUACAGAAUAAAAAGUGUCGGAAUCAGCAUCAACGAUUACUGAAAAAUAUGGGGGCCCAUUCGGUGGUGUUGGAUCUUCUGCAGAUACCCUACGAAAAGAAUGAUGAAAAGAUGAAUGAAGUAAUGAAUCUAGCCCACACGUUUCUGCAGAAUUUCUGUCGAGGAAAUCCACAGAAUCAAGUUCUUCUUCAUAAACAUCUGAAUUUGUUUUUAACUCCGGGUCUCCUUGAAGCAGAAACCAUGAGGCACAUCUUCAUGAACAAUUACCAUCUGUGCAAUGAAAUUAGUGAGAGAGUUGUACAGCACUUUGUGCACUGCAUUGAGACACAUGGCCGCCACGUGGAGUACCUGAAGUUUUUGCAAACAAUUGUAAAAGCAGAUGGUAAAUAUGUGAAAAAAUGCCAGGAUAUGGUAAUGACAGAGUUGAUAAAUGGGGGUGAAGAUGUGCUGAUAUUUUACAAUGAUAGAGCAUCAUUUCCAAUCCUGCUCCACAUGAUGUGUUCAGAGAGAGACCGAGGGGAUGAGAGUGGCCCCUUAGCGUACCACAUCACCCUGGUGGAGUUGCUGGCAGCAUGCACAGAGGGGAAAAAUGUCUACACUGAAAUCAAGUGUAAUUCCCUUCUGCCGCUGGACGACAUAGUGAGGGUGGUGACACAUGAUGACUGCAUCCCUGAGGUUAAAAUUGCUUAUGUGAACUUUGUUAAUCACUGUUACGUUGACACUGAAGUGGAAAUGAAAGAAAUCUAUACAAGUAACCACAUUUGGAAAUUAUUUGAAAACUUCUUGGUGGAUAUGGCAAGGGUUUGCAAUACAACCACAGACAGGAAACAUGCAGACAUCUUUUUGGAAAAGUGUGUUACUGAGUCAAUAAUGAAUAUUGUAAGCGGCUUCUUUAAUUCUCCCUUUUCAGACAACAGUACUAGCCUCCAGACACAUCAGCCAGUUUUUAUUCAGCUACUGCAAUCUGCCUUCAGAAUUUAUAAUUGCACCUGGCCAAACCCGGCACAGAAAGCCUCCGUGGAAUCCUGUAUCAGAACUUUGGCUGAAGUGGCAAAAAAUCGUGGAAUUGCCAUUCCAGUGGAUUUGGACAGCCAAGUUAAUACCCUUUUCAUGAAGAGCCAUUCAAAUAUGGUGCAGAGAGCAGCCAUGGGUUGGAGACUAUCAGCUCGCUCUGGGCCACGCUUUAAAGAAGCUCUCGGAGGGCCUGCUUGGGAUUACAGAAAUAUUAUUGAAAAGUUACAGGAUGUGGUGGCCUCCUUGGAGCACCAAUUCAGCCCAAUGAUGCAGGCUGAAUUCUCAGUAUUGGUUGAUGUAUUGUACAGUCCAGAGCUGCUAUUCCCUGAGGGAAGCGAUGCAAGAAUAAGAUGUGGCGCUUUCAUGUCGAAGUUGAUUAAUCAUACAAAGAAACUAAUGGAGAAAGAAGAAAAACUGUGCAUUAAAAUUCUUCAGACAUUACGAGAAAUGCUAGAGAAGAAAGACAGCUUUGUGGAAGAGGGUAACACAUUAAGAAAGAUACUUCUGAAUCGAUAUUUUAAAGGUGAUUAUAAUGUUGGUAUGAAUGGACACCUGUCAGGAGCCUACUCAAAAACUGCACAGGUCGGAGGAAGCUUCUCUGGACAAGAUUCAGAUAAGAUGGGGAUAUCAAUGUCGGACAUUCAGUGUCUGCUGGAUAAAGAAGGUGCGUCGGAACUUGUCAUCGAUGUUAUAGUGAACACCAAAAAUGACAGAAUUUUUUCAGAAGGCAUUUUCCUCGGCAUUGCCUUGCUUGAAGGAGGGAACACACAAACACAGUACUCCUUCUACCAGCAGUUGCAUGAACAAAAAAAGUCAGAAAAAUUCUUUAAAGUUCUCUAUGAUCGAAUGAAGGCUGCUCAGAAAGAAAUAAGAUCAACAGUGACAGUUAAUACCAUAGAUUUAGGUAGCAAAAAAAGGGACGAUGACAAUGAAUUGAUGACAUCUGGUCCACGAAUGAGAGUAAGAGAUUCAACACUACAUUUAAAAGAGGGAAUGAAAGGGCAAUUAACAGAGGCUUCUUCGGCAACAUCCAAAGCAUAUUGUGUAUACAGAAGAGAAAUGGAUCCAGAAAUAGACAUUAUGUGCACAGGACCAGAAGCAGGAAAUACUGAGGAAAAAUCUGCGGAGGAAGUAACAAUGAGUCCUGCAAUUGCCAUCAUGCAGCCAAUACUGAGAUUUCUUCAGUUACUGUGUGAGAAUCACAACCGGGAAUUGCAGAAUUUCUUAAGGAAUCAAAACAACAAAACAAAUUACAACCUUGUCUGUGAGACCCUUCAGUUUCUGGACUGCAUUUGUGGAAGCACAACCGGUGGCCUGGGCCUGUUGGGGCUCUACAUCAAUGAGAAGAAUGUAGCACUGGUCAACCAGACCCUGGAGAGCUUGACUGAGUAUUGCCAGGGUCCCUGCCAUGAAAAUCAGACCUGUAUCGCUACACAUGAGUCUAAUGGGAUUGAUAUCAUCAUUGCUUUGAUUCUGAAUGACAUUAACCCUCUUGGUAAAUACCGAAUGGACCUGGUGCUCCAGCUAAAGAACAAUGCAUCUAAGCUUUUGCUGGCCAUUAUGGAAAGCAGACAUGACAGCGAGAAUGCAGAAAGAAUUCUUUUUAACAUGAGACCCAGAGAACUGGUGGAUGUGAUGAAAAAUGCCUACAACCAAGGAUUGGAAUGUGAUCAUGGGGAUGACGAGGGCGGAGAUGAUGGUGUUUCUCCAAAAGAUGUUGGGCACAAUAUCUAUAUUCUGGCCCAUCAGUUGGCCCGCCACAAUAAACUAUUGCAACAGAUGCUCAAACCAGGAUUGGAUCCAGAUGAAGGAGAUGAAGCCUUAAAGUAUUAUGCCAACCACACUGCACAGAUUGAGAUUGUUCGGCAUGAUAGGACAAUGGAACAAAUCGUUUUUCCUGUCCCCAAUAUAUGUGAAUACCUCACUCGAGAAUCCAAGUGCCGUGUGUUCAAUACAACUGAAAGAGAUGAACAAGGAAGUAAAGUGAAUGACUUUUUCCAGCAAACAGAAGAUCUCUAUAAUGAAAUGAAGUGGCAGAAGAAAAUCAGGAAUAACCCUGCACUGUUCUGGUUCUCGAGGCAUAUCUCUCUCUGGGGGAGCAUUUCCUUCAACCUGGCUGUGUUCAUCAAUUUAGCUGUUGCUCUCUUCUACCCAUUUGGGGAUGAUGGAGAUGAAGGUAUACUUUCUCCAUUGUUCUCGAUUCUUCUUUGGAUAGCAGUUGCGAUCUGCACAUCUAUGCUGUUUUUCUUCUCCAAGCCUGUGGGUAUUCGGCCAUUUCUUGUAUCAAUAAUGCUCAGAUCAAUAUAUACAAUAGGUCUUGGGCCUACAUUAAUACUUCUUGGUGCAGCUAAUCUUUGUAAUAAAAUUGUAUUUCUGGUGAGUUUUGUUGGAAAUCGUGGCACGUUCACCCGUGGGUACCGAGCAGUCAUCCUGGAUAUGGCCUUUCUCUAUCACGUGGCAUAUGUCCUGGUUUGCAUGCUGGGCCUUUUUGUCCAUGAAUUCUUCUAUAGCUUCCUGCUUUUUGAUUUGGUGUACAGAGAAGAGACUCUGCUGAAUGUCAUAAAAAGUGUCACACGAAAUGGCCGCUCUAUUAUUCUAACUGCAGUCCUGGCUCUCAUCCUUGUCUACCUGUUUUCCAUUAUUGGGUUCCUUUUCUUGAAAGAUGACUUCACUAUGGAAGUGGAUAGGCUGAAAAACCGAACUCCUGUUACAGGCAGUCAUCAAGUGCCUACCAUGACUUUAACUUCCAUGAUGGAAACAUGUGCCAAGGAGAACUGUUCACCCACAAUUCCAGCUUCAAAUACAGCUGAUGAAGAGUAUGAAGAUGGAAUUGAAAGGACAUGUGACACUCUUCUUAUGUGCAUUGUCACUGUGUUGAACCAGGGCCUCAGGAAUGGCGGCGGCGUGGGGGAUGUGCUAAGAAGGCCGUCGAAAGAUGAACCCUUGUUUGCUGCCCGAGUGGUUUAUGACCUUCUUUUUUAUUUCAUUGUUAUCAUUAUCGUUCUGAACUUGAUUUUUGGUGUUAUCAUCGACACUUUUGCUGAUCUCAGAAGUGAAAAACAGAAAAAAGAAGAAAUUCUAAAGACAACUUGCUUCAUCUGUGGACUUGAGAGAGACAAGUUUGAUAAUAAAACUGUUUCAUUUGAGGAGCACAUUAAGUCAGAACACAAUAUGUGGCAUUAUUUGUACUUUAUAGUCCUGGUGAAAGUUAAAGACCCAACAGAAUACACUGGACCUGAAAGUUACGUGGCUCAAAUGAUUGUGAGGAAAAAGGAGAAGAAUUUGGACUGGUUUCCUCGGAUGCGAGCCAUGUCCCUCGUUAGCAAUGAAGGAGACAGUGAGCAAAAUGAAAUUCGGAACCUUCAGGAGAAAUUGGAAUCGACUAUGAGUCUGGUCAAACAGCUGUCGGGUCAGCUGGCGGAGCUCAAGGAGCAGAUGACAGAACAAAGGAAGAAUAAGCAGAGACUGGGCUUCCUCGGAUCAAACACACCCCAUGUGAAUCAUCACAUGUCAGCACACUGAUACCAUGGGGGGAAGCCGUGACUAGCCUUUCAUCAGUGUCCUGCCUGAUCACUGAAUAAAGAACUGAGAUAGAGGGGAGUGAACAGUGCCUAUUGUUGAAAAGUUAAAAACAACCAAGUGCCAAGAUGUUGAGUGGGUUAGCUCUGAGAACAAUUUAUAACUGUGUUUUCAUGGGUGCAAAGACCUAACCUCAAAUGCAUCUGCUAGAAAGCGUGCAUCACACAUUUGCAAUGCAACAGGAAGAAAAGGCAUAUCCAAAAGGCUGGAGAGGGCAGGGAGUGACAGGGUGGAAAGAGACACGGGGCAGGGAGAACUCUCUUCUACUAAAUUGAUAGGAGUCAGCUUUGUCUUAAAUACUGACUACAGCCACUGACAUGGUUGGCUGGAAUUUCUUUUAAUUGUGGCAUAUAGGUUCGUGAUACAAGAAGUCUUACUUUGGUGGCUAAGUUUUACCAAGGAAAAUAACUGAAAAGAUUAAAAGUGAGAGUUGAAAAGAAAUGAUAAUGAUGCUUCCAAACUAUAGCUAUCACAGGGUAAUUUCUUUAUUUAUAACAUGAAGCACAAUGGAUUUACAGCUCUAGGAACUUAGUGCUUUAGAGCUUUUGCCUCUCACGCUGACAACAUAACGGAAUGUGAUUGCCUUCUCUGGGAUUCAGACAGCCUCUGUCAAUGUGGAGCACUAAAGGAGAUUUUCGUGUAACUUGUUAAAAACAUGUUCUAAGUCAUAUAGUCAUGUAUAGGCUAAGAUUUUAAAAGAUCUGGGGGAAUAAAAAGCCAACAGUAAGUGCCAGGAAAUAUUUUUUUGAGACCAUAUAUAUGCUGUUAAAAUAUAUUAAGAUUAACAAAUGAAAAUGCUUAUAGGUGCUAGGAAUUAUUGAGACUUAUGAUGGUGGCAUUGCCUUUUAUAAAGGUGCAGUGAAAGCCAUUUGACUCAUGUUUGCUGUGCUUAAAGAACUGCUUAAGGAACUGAGCGUUUUCAUUUAUGCUAUUCCUGCAGUUAGGAACAAAAAUCCAAGAAAUGUAUCAAAUACUCAAGAAAAUGCCACAUUUCAAUUACAUAUUUAAAACUGUAUCUGCAAGGGCUUUUCAAAAUGUAGAAAGACAUAAACCUCUUACUCAAAUUGUUUUUAUGUUAAAUCAUUGCGAUCAGAAUUUGUCAAGGGAGAGAAUAACCUGGUGUGUUCAGGUUAUUCUUAGAGAGUACACAUUUGGAAUAGCAGAGCAAAAUAUGGAUAAUGAAAGUGUUAGGGAAAAUGUGGUGUGAUAGGAAGUGAAGACGCUUGAUUCCAGACUCUAGGAGAUGCUCUGCAAGUUGACCUCGCCUCUCCCUGACAAGAACAAAAUACUACCUCCAGAGUCUUUAAAUUCUGUUAUUAACGCCAAGGUUUAAGGUCCAGAGAGCAUUUGCUAUGACCAUUUUUAAAGCUUUUGGAUUGUUCUAACAUAGCUUAAGCUAUUGGUUCCUAAAAAUCCCAAAUCAUGAUCUAUGUAGAAUAUAAAGGAAGCCUGAACCAAUCCUUCUUCCACACACUGUCAAAAUGUAGAGUUGGAACAAAGCUGUUGGGAUCAAGAGCAAUGAUUUUUGAACUGAAGCUACUGGUACUCCCCAGCACCACCUCAUACUAAGAAUUCCUCACCUGACAUGAUAGUAUUUUUCCUGACUAGGAGCUGAAAGACUCUGACAUUCAUGAUCCAAAGAUACUACAAAAUUUUGAUAUGUCUGCAUGCAGCACAGAAUUUUGAAUCUAGCAAGCAGUCAAUAAAUACAUGAGAAAUUCAGCUGUCAUUCAGUUACUCUUAAUUAUUUAUAAAACUUUAAAUGAUGCCACAUAUUUGUUUGUUUUAAACAGCUUUCCCAAAAUCAAAGUAGACUAAAGCAGCCAUUUUUAAUAUCCAGGAUCAUCAAUGCUAUUAACAAUAUAAGGUAAAAAAGUACACUCUAAAAUGUUUUCAUCAGGCAGAGUUUUAUGGAUAGGGAAAAGAAGAGAAAUGUGGUAAAUAUUGAACCUAUUCCACUAUAGGAACCUAUCUUUAUUUUAGUACAAAAUAAAGUAUUUCUGAUGUCUGAAUGAGAGGUCAAAAGAAUAGAUUAAUUUGUACACAUCUGAGCAACCUGUCUUUCAGAUGAUAAAGUAUCUAGUCUUUUCUGACACCAUAAUAGUUCAUUUUGUAGGGAAUAAGCCAUUAGGUGUAUGUAACUGCUAUUCAGAAAUGACCUAAUGUCCCCAACCACUAUGUAGUAGCAGCUCACUGUUUCACAGCAUAUUUUCUCCUGAGGGAAGUAUUCGAAAGAGACUGCAGUUAACAAGAUUCUCAUUUCAUAAAAAUUUAAAUAUUUCUCAGUUUUUUUUAAAUUUUUUUUCAGUUGUAUUUUUAAUGUCUCUUUCUUUCCUGCCUAAAUGCUUAGAAAUUAUAAAGCAAAAAAA